AUGGCUAUAAAUGCGCCAACACCUUCCUACUCCCAGAUACCUGAUAUCAGAUUAGAGGACUACCUUGACGACAAGCUUCAAUCCAGUACCGACUUCGAAAACCUCGACAACCUAUUAGCAAGCGUAGAAGUUCAACGUAGCCAACUCCAGACUCAACUCGACGAUGCGACCAGGGAACUUGAAGAUGCUCGCCGUGCAUCCCAGGACCACCAAGGGGGAGUGGCCCGGUCAAUAAACGAGUUUAACGCGCUCCAGGAGAGCAUCGAUGUCCGCUUAAAGAUAGUUGCCGAGUCUAGCGCACCUGACGAAGCCAUCCGACGCCUCGAGCAACCUAUGAAGCAACUACGCAAGGUCGAACUCGCUUAUCAAUACGUUUCGUUACUACACGAUGUUGAGAACCUAAGGCUUGAGGCGCGAUCUCAUCUUCCGCAGAGUCCUAAAGCCGCAUUACAAUCCUACUCGAGGCUCAAGAAGCUAAGCAUGCGGUUAAGGGAACUACAAGGAGCAGCAGAUCAAGCCGCCACCCAUCUCGUGAGCCAUGUCGAGGGAACUACGGAGAAUCUAUGGGAAGAUACGAAGAAUACUAUGUCUAAGGAGCUAGAAAAUGUUCUCAAAGAGCGCAAUUGGCCCCAAGGAAUUGAUACCGGUGCCGAGAUGGACACUGAAUGGCUACAAUGCUUUGAGAAGCUCAUCGAUUUACAGGCGCCUGAGGUGGUCUACUCGAAUAAAGUAGUUUCGCUAUUGCCCUUUGAGGUGAUGGCAAAGCCUUUUAUCCUGUGGUUCCAAUUCCAAUUCAUGGGUAACAACGCGACGAGUGGUCCCCAGUCAUUUGGAACUUUCUGCGUGCCUCAGUUCCUAGCGCUAAUCGAUAAAUGGGAGGGCUUCUUCCGAGACAAUGUGGGCUACGUUCUGGCGUCCCGAUUCCAAGAUACUAAAGUGCAUGGCCUGUCAGUUUAUAUGGAUCCUGCCUGCGCCCUUAUCACGGUGCUGCUCCCGGUGAUGAGAGAGAAGAUAGAUACUCUGGUUCAACACGGCCUCAAGAACCCGCAAUUUUUAAGCAGUCUCAUGGUACAGCUGAUGGAUCUAGACGAUGAGAUACGAUCAAGGUUUAACUAUGACGGCGGUGAUCCAGAUCAGGGCUGGGCCGGUUUGACGUCGGAAGUCCUUAAACAACACUUUGACGAUUGGUUCAAAGCAGAGAAGGAUUUCGCUCUAGAGCGUUACCACGUCAUUAUGAACUCCCCCGAUGCUCGAAAUAUCGAUUAUGAUUAUAGCGGUGCUGGCAAGAUGAAGCCAACCUUUGGUGCAGUGAGAGUGACAGACCUGUUAAAGUCUGUCACGUCCCAAUAUGAGCGAGUCCGCAGGUUCUCCCAUAAACUCCGAUUCCUCAUCGAUAUUCAACUUGAAAUUCUGGAUGACUAUCACGACCGCUUCAAGGAUUCAUUGGACGCGUACUAUACAAUUACCUCCACUCUGGGUCGUACCCUACACGGCGUAACCAAGGAACAAGCCGCCGCAUUAGAAGGCACCGGGGCAUUUGAGACUCUCUGCAAGGUCUUGGGUAGUUCUGACCACAUCAUUGCUACUUUGAAGGACUGGAGUAAUGAGGAGUUUUUUGUAUCCUUGUGGGAACAGCUCCAAAUGAGAGCCAAACAGACUAAUAGCGAUGGUAACAUUGCCACCGGAAUGAGUUAUGAAGAUGUGAAAGAUAAGACCUCAGCAGAUAUUAGCUCCGACAGUGACAGUGGCAUCUUAUUCGAUGAAACCAUCGCGGCAUACGCUCGCCGCCGGAAGGCCGCCGAGGAAUACCUAGUCGCAGCAUUGAUUGACUCUCACCAGAAAGCAUUUCGCCCUUACUUCGCCAAGGCUCAUUGGACUACAAUUAGUGAUGAUACCCACUUGGACACUUCCCAGCUUUCUGUAACUCCAGAGUUAGACGAACCUUUGAAGAUACUCAAACGAAAUCUUACCUUCCUUACUUCUGCACUGAGCGCCGCCGUUUAUCGUCGAGUAUGGCGGGAGGCGUUGGAGAAACUACAGGAUGCAAUAUGGACGACAGUGCUUAUGGCACAGAGUUUUACAAGCGUCGGUGCAGCCCAGUUUGCAAGGGAUCUAGAGGCUAUCGCUUCUCUGAUAGAUCGUCACAUCCCGGAUGGUUCGAUCGCGCUUAGUACACUACGAGAUGGUACGAGGCUAUUGAGCCUACCUCUAGAAGUCGCUGACGGGGCCAUAUCUCUGCAACAAGCGAGCGAUCGUGCAUUCACAGACAAUGCCGAGGCCAAGAAACUUUUGGCUGAACUAGAUAUAGAAUCCCUCACCCCGGCAAAUGCCAGGAAGAUUCUACAGAGGCGUGUCGAGACUAGCGAAUAG